AAAUUAUAACAUAUAAAUAUCGAUAAAAAUCUAGCGAUCCCAACUCUUAACAAGACGCAAUAAUUAGGGAUAAUAUUAAAUAACAUGUCAGAUUUAACUUGGAACAAUAAGACCCAAUCAACCGUCAAAGAUUAUUUAUUGUUUAAAUUUUUACAAUCUCACAGUCAGAGAUAUUCUAAAGACUGAAAAAUAUUGAAUAUACUGGACUUUAAAUGGUAAAAUAUGUAUGCUAAUUUGACAAAAAGUGUAGUUAUUUUGAAAAAAUAGCCGACUAACAACUAUUCCCAAAGUAUAAAAUGAUACCGUGACAAAAAUAAAAGACUUUGGAGUGUUUUGUUUUAGAAGAUAACAAUCACUAAUUGUUUUAUCUGGACCUUACAAGCGUAUGAAUACUCAAUAUACAUAUUACAUCAAGACAUUAACUAACUUAAGACAUUGUUUAUCUUAUAAAGAAACUAGUGCGGAUAUACAAACUAACAGACCAAAGUCUUUUUAGAGAAUGUUUUUGAGAUGUUUAAACCAAAUAAUUUCUAUAAUUGAUUGGAACGUUAAGUAACCUUUGAAGAAACAGAAGUAAAACAUCUUCAUACAACUUGGAUAAGUCAUCAAAAUAUCAACACAAACAAAUAACGUAAUAAUGACUGAAGAGAGAAUAACACGAAAGUUAUCCAUUCAUAUGGAGCAAAAUGUUAUGGAAUCUGAUGACAAGGAUGACGAGACGUCUCCAAUUGAUGACGAUAUUAUUCACACCGUCACAAAAUUACUAAAGUUCGGCAAAAACGGCAUGAAUUCCCCGGACCAUAUAGAAACUUCUUUGUGUAAAACUCUCCAAGCUGAACGGAAUCACUGGAAAGACAAAACAGAUGCUGCAAUGAAUGAGAUAGAUCGUCAACACAGAGAAACACUCGCCAAUCAAGUUUCGUUACAAAAUUUGAUGGAUAUGUUACAUUUUAAUAAACGAAACAUAAGUCACGCUAAUCUAAAAAUAGACAACAGCAUUACAGAAGAGAAUGCAUCUGUAGAUGACAUGCUGGAUACACUGAAAUACCGGAUUAUUAACCUUAAACAAAUGGCGGGAAUCAUAGACGAAAUGGACGAGACAGAACCACAGGAUAAACUACUUAAAUAUUCCGACAGAGAUAUCGAAUAUCUCAAAAAUGCUAUUGCCAAAGCUCACUGGGAAAAAGAAUCAAUUCAAAAACAACUAACUGAAAGAGUCAACGAGGUUAAAUGGCUGACCUCUGAACUGGAUAAUGUUAAAAUGCACAUGCAUAAACUACAAGAAGUUGUAAAAAAAUACAAUGAAGCCCACACUGGCACAAACUUUCAUUUGAAUGAAGUAAAGAGUGAAGUUCCAAAGAGCCCUGGAAGAACAAUUAAACACUGUGCUGCGCCAUUGAGCUCUCGGCAGAGAACUUAUAUUGAAGGCGAUUGGUUGCAAGGAUAUCCGAAUCCAAUCGAUGAAUCAUCAGCUCUGAAAACACGCCUACAAGCACACAUUUAUUCCAAUAAAAAUGGGAAUUCUAAAAUGGGCGUGGCUCAGUGUUUGAGAUGUCAGAAACUAUUCAAACCAAAAGAAAAUUCCAGCAAGUCUUGCCGCUAUCACCCAAAAGGUCGGGAAAUUACGGAACAAUACGAUGUAAAUGGGAAACUUGUGCACGUUGUGUAUAAAUGGGCUUGCUGUAAAAAAGGACUAGACUCAGCAGGCUGUAUCUAUGGUCACCAUGUCUAAAGUUGUUUCUGUUAUUAAAUGUAUUUGAGUGAUUAAAUCUAUCUUUCAAAGUUUUAAAAGUUCCCCUAGUAUUUAGGUUAAUAAAGAUGUGGUAUGAUUACCAAUGAAAUAAUUCUAUCCACCAGAAAAAAAAAUCAGUAGAACUGAACAGCUAUAUGACACCGUACCUUCUUAUUAGUCAUUUUCUGAAGAGAAAAAAUUAUCUUAUAGAAAAGUUAAAAUCAUUUGAAACACUCUUGGUUUUUUUUUCUCACUUUAAUUAAUAGACAGACUUGUUAGGAUUUUCCAUACUACCAAAUCAAAUAAUAGAUGUGUGUCCUAUUUCCCUACCUACCUGAUUUUUUAUGCUUAAAACUAGCCUACCUUAAAGUUUAUUUUGUCAUUUUUCAAUAAUAAGCAC